AUGUUCGAGCAGGCCUGUGAAAACAAGAGAGCCAUGCUGGCGCUUUUGGAUCAAAAACGAAGGGAGCUCCCAAUUGAAGAUAUCUUGACCAAGCUUUCGGAAGGUGCAAAUGCAACGUCUGAUGACCCAUUAUUCGGAAAGACGUUUCAAGCCCUCCUUGAGCGGCAACUCGUGAAUGUUGACGAGCAUGUAGUCGAGCUCUUUACCGGAAGCUUCCGUUGCUCGGAAGCACUGCUUUCCUGGAAGCCCGAUGCUACGAUUACAGAAAAUGCUCCCCGGAAGGCUGCGAGGGAGCCAGGAUUGAUGCGUCUAAUGAUGGCUUCGCAUAGAGAUUCUUUACCUGUCACGGACAACGUUCUACUAGCCGCCACACAGGGACGUUGGUCUUUUAAAACUAUGGAAGUUAUCUUACAGGCCACUUUUCUAGCGUUGGAUAAGAGAAUCCUGAUCUGGCUCCUGAAACAACAGUCAGAGUCCUUUGUUAGAAACUUUUGGGAGAAAACUUGGAAAACUGUUGGCCCAGAAUACAACCCAUUCCACUUUUUGAUGAUAACUGCCUUCCUUCAGAAGACAGGGUCAGAGUUCACGAUCGACAUGCUAGAGGAUUGGCCCUUUGAGCUUCCAAGUGGACGGGACUUCAGCCUUGGGUAUUUUGUCGGAGAGUUGUGUACAAAUGAUGAUUAUCCUGACAUGCUUGUUACUCAACGAGCCGCCGAGAUUGUCUUGGAAAGAUGCGACAAAGAGGACGUUGAAGUAUUCUUGAACCACGCAGAACUCUCAAUCACGGACAACUUGAUUCAGGCGGCGGAGAAGAAUGUGUCUGAAGAUAAGGAGGAGCUGAUGAAAUUUCUGGAGCAGAAGAGAGGCUAA